UAGUCCCGUCCGCCGUCCGCCGUUCGUGUGCCGUGUGUUACAUGGCACAUACACAUGUAUUCAAUUUAAUCAAUUUUGAUUGAUGUGUGCGCAUUACAGCGAGCUGUAGCAGUGCAACCAAAAGCAGUAGCAGCCGAAAGGCCAAAGGCCCCAGCAGCAACGAAGCGAUAAUACCCUGAUCGAGGGUAUCAUCACCAUCCAAAGCAGGUGUUCGGGCUUAUCUCUUUGCUAGAUGAUCUAUCCAAAAACUGUAUGGAAAUUAGGUAGUUUAAACAAAUAGAACAAUAACUUAAAGUUUAACUAUUUGAUGGAAGAUUUCUCGAAGAACUUUAGGGAAAUAAACAAAAUGUUAAACCCGAUGUUAAAGCUAAUAUUAAUAAUAUUAAUAUUAAAACGUCUCAGAACUUGAGAGAUAGAAUAAACAGUAUUUUGAGCUGCUAAACCAGAUGUUAAAUUCUAUAUAUAGAAAUAUCCCCCAAGAUUUCUAGGGGAAUAUACCGAAUUUUAAAGAUAGUUCUUUUAAUAAUAAAACCCUUCAGGACCUCUAAAAGAAUAGGUCUAAUGUUACAUUUGAAAGCUCUGGGAAAAAUUGAUUGAAUGAUAUGAAAAAUGAUUGAAGAAUGGAACAUAUAUAUUUGGGAUAAUAUAUAUCUAAAUUAAAUUCAAAACUGAUUAAAUAUUAAAGUAAGGAAAGUAGAUAUUUUAAUGUUAAAGCUUCCUAGGUACUUCGGAAAUCUCUCUCUCUCUGUCUCGCUCUCUGGCAUAUCUCUUUGACUUAAUAUGAGCUUUUAAAUAAAUAAUAUUGUAACUACCAAAUUGAAACCUUUACAAAUGCAACACUUUAAUGCUUUUUAAAUUAAAGAAGUGACAUUCAUGCAUAUCAUUUAAGAUUAUAAUUAUCACUUGUCACGACAAAUUGUUAUAAUAGAAGUUGCACCGCCCUCACGACCUCCCAGGCCGGGUCUUGACAUAACACAUCAAGCAUCAAGCAUUUCAAAUGAUGUAAUCAUAACUAUACUUAAUUAUCCUUCAUAACACAACUAGGGACACAUUAUAAACUUAAAAUUGAUUUCGAAUUAGGUUAAGUUACCAAAAACUUAAUUAUUAAAUAACAGAAGUUGAAAAUUACCUUGAAAGAGUAUUCGGCUGCCCGGGAGUCCCAUCAGCUCGUAGGAGGAGAUCCAACCGCUCGUUAUGAUCACUCAACUCGGGCCUGUCAGUGGCAGAGGGAGACCCAAUAGGAUGGAGAAGGACAGAGGAGGAGACUGGUGUGGUUUUAGGCGCGAACGGGCUCGCAAAUGUGCGCAAAAAUCAAAAUGCAGCGUCAGCUCCGUCUCUGAUUCCUUCUCCGUCUGCGACUUCCUCCGCUAUCUCCUCCUUCAACUCCAUAUCCAUUUGUGUUUCCCAGCUGCAGACUUAGUUACAUUCGCCAUCAGUUCGACGCGAGACCGCUCCCCGGAUGCACUGAGCCGAGUGCCGCGGGGCCAGAUUCCAUGUAAGAUGUCCGUGUGCGCCCUCAGCCAGCCACAGAAUCCGAGUUCGAGUCCCAAUCCGAAUCCAAAUUCAAAUCAAAAGCAGAAGCCACCGCCCCAGCGACCCGCUGGCAUCACUCUCAACGGCAACGGCAACGGCCACGGCAAGGGAAAGGGCUCUGUGACGCCGCCAACGCCGCCACCCUCGCCGCAGGUCCGCAUCUACGAGGACUUUGACAGGAUGAGCGCCAAGGAGGUCUACUACAACGAGGCUGGCAAGAAAGUGACCGUGAAGCUGCUCCACUUUCCUGACGUGCCGCCCGAGGAGAUCGCCAAGCUGAAGUUUGACGACGACGACGACGACGACGAUGAGGACGUUGAGGAUGAUGAGGACAGCGAUAUCGAGCGGAAACCCACCUCGGCGGACAGCGAGGAUGCCGGCAGUGAGGCGGAAACCCAGAAGGGUCAGCCGGAAGCCGAAAAUGCAGCUACCAAUUCCAGCGGCCCGGGCACCGUUAGGAAGAUAUUCCGACGCAAGCUAUCUGGCAACAAUAUGCAGCCCAGGAAGUGCAGCCUGGCGUUUGCCCAGGCCCACGGCAUCCGGCAGCGGGCGGAGAAGAAGCUAUCGAUGCCCACCAUUAGCAUAACGGCCAACUCCGGCGACCAUGUGGCCACCCAUAACUGUGGCCUCCGUCUGGGCCUUGGCCGGAAGCUGUCGCAACAGCACUCCCUGCCCUUGAGCUCGCCGGGAUCCCCACCGACUCUUCUGGGGCCGCGGCGCUCGCAUUCACCGCUGGGACAGAGCCUCUGUCCCGGCUAUAUCCAGUACUCCAAGUCGCUGCUGGAGGUACCGAUGCCCAGGGAUUAUGGCUAUGCCAGCAGCGAUGAUCUCAGCUCCGAAUGGGACUCGGAUGUGUCCACUUCGGCGGCGGGGUCAGCAUCGGGAUCGGGUUCCUCCUCUCAGGCUGCAUCGGGCAGCAGCAGCAAGAAGAGCUCCGGCUGGCGAAAGAUCCGCAACAUUGUCCAGUGGACGCCCUUCUUCCAGACGUACAAGAAGCAGCGCUAUCCAUGGGUCCAGCUGGCCGGACACCAGGGCAACUUCAAGGCGGGUCCCGAGCCGGGUACCGUGCUCAAGAAGCUUUGUCCCAAGGAGGAGGAGUGCUUCCAAAUCCUCAUGCAGGACCUCCUCAGGCCCUAUGUGCCCGUCUACAAGGGUCAAGUGACCAGCGAAGAUGGCGAACUUUAUCUCCAACUGCAGGACCUACUAAGCGACUUUGUGCAGCCCUGCGUAAUGGACUGCAAGGUGGGCGUGCGCACCUACCUCGAGGAGGAGCUGUCCAAGGCCAAGGAGAAGCCAAAACUGCGCAAGGACAUGUACGACAAGAUGAUCCAGAUCGAUGCCCAUGCCCCCACCGCCGAGGAGCAUGCCGCCAAGGCGGUGACCAAGCCGCGCUACAUGGUCUGGCGGGAGACCAUCUCCAGCACAGCGACGCUGGGCUUCCGCAUCGAGGGCAUCAAGAAGAGCGAUGGCACCAGUUCCAAAGAUUUCAAAACGACCAAGUCACGCGAACAAAUCAAGUUGGCCUUUGUCGAGUUCCUUAACGGUCAUCCCCAUAUUCUGCCCCGCUAUAUUCAACGUCUGCGCGCCAUCCGUGCCACCUUGGCGGUCUCGGAGUUCUUUCAGAGCCACGAGGUCAUCGGCAGCUCGCUGCUCUUCGUCCACGACCAGAGUCAUGCCAGCAUCUGGCUGAUUGACUUUGCCAAGACGGUGGAGCUACCGCCGCAGCUGCGCAUCGAUCACUACUCCGCCUGGAAAGUGGGCAAUCACGAGGACGGCUAUCUCAUCGGGAUUAACAAUCUCAUCGACAUCUUUGUGGAAAUGCAGGCCGCCAUGGAGGCGGAGGCGGAAGCGGAAGUCGCCGUUUCUGGCCUAGAUGGGGAAAGGGACCACGACGACAACGACGACAGCAAGCCCUGAUCGGUUUUCACACGGGGUUUGGGGCUGGGCCCCAAUUCAAGGACAUUUCCAUAUCCCCGCAUCGCGCAAUUAAUCCCAAAAAAAAAAAAAUUCUAGGCUAAGCUUCCUAGUUCUUCUGACCCUAUUUUUUUUUUUUUUUUUUUUUUCAUAACUAUUUGUCAGCGUACAUUUAACCCAUUAAGUUUAAAAUCAAAGACUGAAAACACAAUUUACGCAUAUGUAUGGGAACUAUAGUCCUGUAUAUCCUAGCAUAGAUGUGCUGCUGCUGCUGCUGGACCGCUCCCUGUCGCUGUUUUGUAGUUAAUUUAUUUAUCCAGAGAAAGUCGAAUGAAUUCCCGAGAGAACUGACAAAAUAGUUGGAGCCGAAGCCGCUGACAGUGGGAACACGCGACCCGCAACAAAAGCUUAGCUUAAGUUUAUAAUAUUAUAUAUUAAUGCGACUACCUACUAAAUACUACUAAUUUGUGCACUAUUAAAUUCAGUUAAACCAGAAA